AUGGAGGAAGAGGCCAGGCAAUGGUGCCAUCACACGGUGACACGGACGGUGUCCUGCCAGGUGCAGAAUGGCUCCGAGACGGUGGUCCAGCGCGUGUACCAGAGCUGCCGGUGGCCCGGGCCCUGCACCAACCUUGUGAGGACUCUGAUCAGACCCACGUACAGAGUGUCCUACCGCACGGUGACUGCCCUGGAGUGGAAGUGCUGCCCGGGCUUCACUGGGAGCAACUGUGACGAGGAAUGCAUGAACUGCACCCGGCUCAGCGACAUGAGUGAGCGGCUGACCACCCUGGAGGCCAAGGUUCUCCUGCUGGAGGCCACAGAGCUGCCCUCAGGCCCAGACAAUGACCUGCCGGCCCCCCAGAGCACCCAGCCCCCAUGGAAUGAGGACUUCCUCCCUGGCGCCAUCCCUCUGGCCCACCCGGGACCCCGAAGGAAAAGGCCCACGGGCCCAGCUGGGCCCCCGGGGCAGAUGGGACCCCCAGGGCCUGCAGGCCCCCCCGGCUCCAAAGGUGACCCGGGACAGACCGGAGAGAAGGGCUCCACGGGACCUCCAGGGUUCCUGGGGCCACCAGGGCCCCGAGGGCUUCCUGGAGAGAUGGGGCGCCCCGGCCCCCCUGGCCCUCCUGGCCCAGCAGGGAGCCCGGGGCCCUCCCCCGGCGGUCCCCAAGGUGUCCUCUACUCCCUGCAGCCGACCACAGACAAGGAUGAUGGAGACUCACAACUGGCUUCUGCUGUGGUGGACACAGUGCUGGCGGGUGUCCCGGGUCCCCGGGGCCCUCCUGGACCACCAGGUCCCCCGGGCCCACAUGGCCCCCCAGGGCCCCCAGGUGCUCCUGGAUCCCAGGACCCAGCCGGAGAGCGUGGCCCGGCGGAGCCAUCUGGAGAGCCUGGCGUGAAGGGAGAAGGAGAGAAGGCCACAGAGGGUGAGGGGGUGCAGCAGCUGCGGGAGGCCCUGAAGAUCCUGGCAGAGAGAGUGCUCAUCCUGGAGCACAUGAUUGGGAUUCAUGACCCCUUGGCUUCCCCAGAGGGGGGCUCCGGCCAGGAGACCGUCCUAAGAGCCAACCUCAAGAUGAAGCGAGGUGGCCCCCCAGCUGAUGGCACCCUUGCUGCCCUGCUUGGCCCACCCCCUGGGCAGAAGAAUGCUGGCCAUGCCAGCGGGAAGAAAUAAGAGCCGCGUUCUCCAGGACAAGCCCGCCCCGGCCAGAGACCCAGCCCUAGAGCCUCUGCCUCUACUGGCUCUGGAUGAAGUUCCAAGUGGGGCAGACUGGGCUCUGGGCAUGAACGGUGAUGUGGGACACUGACUUCUGGGGCCUGGGGGACAGAUGGCACCUCCCAUCUGGAUAGGGUCAGACCCUCCCUUUGCUCCUGCCUCCCCCACCCCCUGCUGGAGAUGGGGUCUGGGUGGACUUGAGAAUCCUCAUUAAUACUCAUUUAUCAAGCCCUGCCUAUGCCCAGGGCCCUGUACAAGGAUCUUUACCGACAUAGUCUCAUUUAAUCCUGAGGGGGUAGGGUUACUAGCCCCAUUUCACACAGGGAAGAAACCAAGAGUAGAAAUAACCUGCCCAGGCCAGGUCAGGAUUUGAACCCAGGCCUCUCUACUCUGGUAUUAGCUCAAUCCUGCCUGCCCCCUCCCUUGACUCAGACAGCGAAGGAGCCGGGUCAGCACUCCCUUACGGCCAGCAGGUCCUGCCUGGCACCCUCUGGGCCACAGGACCCUGAGGCCCCUCUCUUCAGCCCCCUUCCCCAAGUCUGUUCCUUGGCUGGGUGUCCCCAGCCUGGCUGGUCAGUACUCUCUGGGGCCAGAGGGACCCUAAGUUAACCCCCGCCAGCCCUGUGGGCUCGGGAACUGGGCGAGAACAGCAUUGGGGUCACCUCUCUAUCUCACUGACUGCUCUCCGCAGCUGCAGCCAGGCCCUGGCAGGCCCCUCCCAGCUCUCACGACCCUGCAGGACAAGGCUGACCUGCCCCUGUGGGUUUCCAAGGCUUUCUACGCCCACAU